AUGGACGAUGCUCCAGAAUCCUCCUCAUCUCAAGAUUUCCUGGACGGAAUUCUGUCGGAAAUGCAAAAAAUCGAUAAAAAUUCCGAUGGAAUCAAGGGAAAACCAGAGGAUUCCACGUAUCAAUACGCGAUUUUUCGUAUCGGAGACGCCCGAAUUCUUGUUCGAUCGAAUUCUCCAUACAGUAUGCUUGAAUUGGGAGAAAAGAAGCACUCAUUCCUAGAAAAUCUCAAAAAAGUGACAUUUGAGCCGAGAAUUGAAUACCUUCCGAAUGGUGGAGCAAUGGAAUUAGGAGCAGAGGAAUGGAUAUGGAAUUAUACGAAAUCUGUGUUCAAAAUGAGUGAAUCUCAUUUAUUAUAUAGAACAAGCUAUAAAAUUGAUCAUGUUUUGCAAAUUGAUGGGAUUUCGAUGAGAAUCGAUAAACAGGAACCACCACCGGAUGCUUUGGGAAUUCUCUCCUCUCGCUCGGUUAUGAUGGAACAAAUGAUUGCCCAACUAGAAUCUCUCGAACCAGGAGACUAUAUGGUAUUCCAAGAGAAGGACCGCCCACUUCGAGUCGUCGCAAAAUGCGAACCGGAUCAUCGAGACGGAGUUUCCAUCGAAGCGAUGCGAAUCAAACGAGACGAUUGUCAGAAGUCGUCGGAUCGGUUGAAAGAUGAGGACUUCUUUCAUGGAUUCUGUCGAGAUGUCCCGUUGCAAUGGCAGAUUGUACAAGGAAGAGCUCCGCAGAUGCUCUUGGCUAAGGACUCCCCAACUUCUCAGUUUAUGCCAUCAAAGAACAGUCGUGAGAAAUUGCAACGAAAAAAGACGAAUUUCAAGCGAAAGAUUCAGGAAAAAGAGGCGGAGCGUGAGGAGGCAAAGAGGAAUAAAACAAUCGAUUGGGAUGAUCCGAAUCUCUACGCGGACUUUACGAAUCCUUCGAUUGUUCCGAUGGAUUACGUCAAGAAGACGUCGAAAUUCCGACGUGGAGGAAGGGGGCGUGGUCAUAGAGGAAUGGGCGGAGCUUUCAGAGGAAGAGGCGGAGCUUACAGAGGAAGAGGGCGUGGCCGUGGAGGAGGCGGAGCUUCUGGAGAAUCGAGAAAUGCUGAUGGAUCGGGACCGAGUACUAGUAGCAGCAGUACACUCGAAUAUCCAAUGAUUCCUUGA